AUGGUGUUCGGUGCUCUCAUCCUGCGCUUAUAUAUUCAAGCCGAACGAGCUCGAAUCGAAGGGGUUUUGUUUGAUCAGCUUGGCUCAUGUUCCAUCCUGUAUUUCAACUGCACUUCGCCAACCGUUACACUUUUCGCUUCGGGGGUUGUGCGUACAGUGAAGGUGUGGGACAAUGUCGCUUCCACAUACUUUUGCAGCAUCCCGUCCUCCUCUUAUGUACCCUGUUGGUGGUCGGAAACCCCGAGGUUGUCGGCGUUUGUCCGAUUUGGGCCCGUCCCCGUUGAAAUGGAGUUGCUGCUACCAUUCUCUGUUACACUUAUUUGUGUGGGUGUUGCCGUUGCUGUUGUGGGUUUCCUGGUGUUGCUGCACCAUAAAGCGAGUGGGGACAGUGGUUGGCUCUUGUGGUGGGUUGGCCGCGACGAUCAAAACAGACAGGACCGAGGGGGAGAUACGGAAGGCGUGCAGUUGAACAGUGGAGUCCUUGUUGUUGAAAAUCAUCUUCUGCAUGAGGCGGAUCCCAUUUCUGACCCGGUUUGGAUGAACAAGGCGGUCAUCCACACCCCAUUCGCAGAAAGACGUCUUGCCAUUCUUGCGCGUUUCUUUGAAAGACGGAGAGAGAAAAUGGGUGUCCAUUUGCAGUUGUCGGAGCCCUACAGCACAACAAGUGCGCCACCCUCGGAGGCGGAAUUCGAUGAUGAUGAUCUUCCAGUGGAUGAGUGUUAUGUUUGCCUGUCACACCUUCGGCGGCGAUUGAUAUGGUGGCCCUGUGGCCAUUGGCUCUGCGCUAGUUGUCUACGUAAAGUUUUGCGAGGGACGCGAUCCCCAGGAGAUGCUUCCUGUCCGAACUGCCGCGGCAUCUUUUCGCAUGAGCAACUUCUCGUGCUUCACUUGCAAUCCAGGAAAGUCCCUCAAGGGGUAGUGACAGACUCCGGUGCUGGGCCCAAUGAUGCUGCCGGAAGCGUAUCAGGGGAGCUAGCUACCAGCGUUGUGCAGCCAGAUUUGGUGCGAUGA